UGCUGGUUUGAGAGACGGGCGAGCUGGUGACAGGUCACUCCUGCUUUGGAAGGUUGCUGGAUGAGUCCGGAUUGGGGAGACGGAGAAAGCACAGUUCUUCAGGACCUGCGCUGGGACCCAGGGUUUCGAGGGAAAACAGCAUCCCCUAAGGAACAGAGGUCUCCCGUGCCACUGCUCGAUCUGUGUGACAUCACCAGCCCCCUUGCUGCUGCCACUGCUGGAAGUUCUGAGCUCUGUGCUGGGGGCACCAGGCACUGACACUUGGCUCUUGUUGGGAGAACAGAGAGAGUCUCUCUUGUCCACGGCCUGUGCUCGGCUCCAACUGCUGCAUCUCCCGGAGGCCUCUGCCCAGCCUGCAUAGGGUGAGAGCCGCUAAGGCUGUCUCAGAAGUUGAAGGUGGGAAAGAGGGCAGCCCAGCCUGGGGGCCAAGAUCUGUCGCUCUUGGUCUUCCCAGUACCUCCAGAGCCUGCCUCAUCACAGCUACAGAAUGGCCUCCAGCCCAGCUGGAGUUCCUAGCCCACAGCCCUCUAGGGCCAAUGGGAACAUCAACCUGGGACCAUCUGCUAACCCCAAUGCCCGACCCACAGAUUUUGACUUCCUCAAAGUCAUUGGCAAAGGGAACUAUGGGAAGGUCCUACUGGCCAAGCGCAAGUCUGAUGGAGCCUUCUACGCAGUGAAGGUGCUACAGAAGAAGUCUAUAUUGAAGAGCAAAGAGCAGAACCACAUCAUGGCAGAGCGCAAUGUGCUACUGAAGAAUGUGCGCCACCCCUUCCUCGUGGGCCUGCGCUACUCCUUCCAGACCCCUGAGAAGCUCUACUUCGUGCUUGACUAUGUCAACGGAGGAGAGCUCUUCUUCCACCUGCAGCGGGAACGCAGGUUCCUGGAGCCCCGGGCCCGGUUCUACGCUGCAGAGGUGGCCAGCGCCAUUGGCUACCUACACUCCCUCAACAUCAUUUACAGAGACUUGAAGCCAGAAAACAUUCUCUUGGACUGCCAGGGACACGUGGUCCUGACAGAUUUUGGCCUCUGCAAGGAAUGUGUGGAGCCCGAGGAGACCACAUCCACUUUCUGUGGCACUCCCGAGUACCUGGCCCCCGAAGUGCUUCGUCAAGAGCCUUACGAUCGAGCAGUGGACUGGUGGUGCUUAGGGGCGGUCCUCUAUGAGAUGCUUCAUGGCCUGCCCCCCUUCUUCAACAAAGAUGUGGCCCAGAUGUAUGAGAAUAUUUUGCACCAGCCACUACAGAUCCCUGGAGGCCGGACAGUGGCCGCCUGUGACCUCCUGCAAGGCCUUCUCCACAAGGACAAGAAGCAGCGGUUGGGCUCCAAGGAAGACUUUCUCGACAUAAAGAACCAUGUGUUCUUCAGUCCCAUAAAUUGGGAUGACUUGUACCACAAGAGGCUAACUCCACCCUUCAACCCAAACGUGGAAGGACCUGCUGACUUGAAACACUUUGACCCAGAGUUCACCCAGGAAGCUGUGUCCAAGUCUAUUGGCUGCACCCCUGACACCAUGGCCAGCAGUUCUGGGGCCUCAAGCGCAUUCCUUGGAUUUUCCUAUGCACAGGAUGAUAACAUCUUGGACUCAUAAGUGACAAGCGCUUGCAAAUCCGCCAAGACCAGCUGGCACCUGCAGGGGCUACCUUCUGCUGCCAGCAAGACAC